CCGUGGGAAACACUGUUUGGUCAAAAUACUUCCCCUGUGUAGAAAAAAUGGGGUUAAACCUAAGGAGCCAAUCAGCGAAUUGUUCGAUGAUGUCGAUGAUUGAGGGAAGGACAUAAAUACCUGACGACUCGCCGGUCACUUGACUUACCAACAGCUCGUUCACUUAGUUGGGUGGCACACAAGAUGGAACCCAGGCCUCUGAUCUGUGGACACCUGCAGCUGAGACAGUCGUACCAACUGACAGACAACUGUGACGAGGCGGAGAUAACUCGCGUCGGUGAUGACGCGCCACAGCCCGUUAAAAACAAGCUACGACAGGUUUUACUGAGAAAACCGGGUGAGAUUGAGUUUAUGGUUGUCUCUGAAACUGGCUUAAUCCUGACCAUGGAGUCCAUCAGCAGUCUAGAUGACCCAGCUGCGCGUUUCCUGAAGAGAGACUACACCCUGAAGGAGGAUGGUCAGUACGCGGCCACCUUCAUGAACAUGAAGACACUGACGUACGUGGCUGUCAACCAGGAAUCACAAGUUCACCUGUGUGAACUAUCCGGUGACCCUAAGUCAUGCCGACAUCCUUGUCUCUUCAUCAUGCAGGAUACGGGGACAACACGUCUCCUCCCGACUGUGACUCCAGGAAAAUACCUGGGGUACAGAGGCAGCACAGUUGAGGUGACAGAUGACAUCUCAUCAUUCAACAUGCAGCCAUACUCGACUGACACACAAGUGGCUGACCAUCCUCACUCGUCCUCUGAAGACCUCGCCAUGGUCGCUGACUACCACGUCCACUAGAGGCCAAUGACAACAAUUCAUCUCCACCACCAGCAACACCACCACAGUUGAACAGCUGCUUGCUGGAUUAUGCACAGGCAAACCAGAAGUUUGAUGUCAUCAAUCUUAUUCUCUGGGGUUACAUCUACAUCCGUACAUCUACAGUCAUCUUACUUUACUGCCGAAAGACAGCAAGUCCUCGCAUUGUUCUUUUUUAUUACAUCUUUGUUACAAUUUGUGAUCUUGUUCAGCGCAACGAGUCCGCCUUUGUCUGAGAUAUUGGGCUUUAUAAAUUCCCACUUAUUAUUAUUAUUGUUAUUAUUAUUAUUAAUAAAAAACUGCAGAUGUGUCAGUUAUUCAAACUAUAAACAAACAAGAACAAAAAUAAUGCACAAAUGUGAUAAAUGCCAAUGAGACCUCAUGGAGACUGAGGAAAUGUUUAUUGAUAGCUGUUUACUAAGCUGUGAUGACAAAUUACAGAUAUAAAAGUUUGUGAAGGGGGAAAUGUGCAGUUUACUCAUGUCAGCAGAGUACAAAUUCUGAGCAAAAACUGAUAUAACUGGUAUACUAUAUUGGUAUGUCACAAACCUGCUGUCACAAGGUGUCACAAAGCUGCUGUUUAUCUUUUUUAGUUUUGUGUGAAUGGUAUAGGUACAGUAAAUUAAGUUGAUCAGUUUGUUUAUUGAUUAUUUUUUCUAAUAUUAUUUACAUUUUUUAAAUUCAGAUUUUAUUGAUGUUUUUAUCUAGCUGCAAGUUGUAGUGCUGUAUAUGACAGAAUGUUUAUCCUCUACUGAGGUUGUGAAUGUGAUAUGAUGUGCAGCCUAUUAGUGGAAGCAGAGUUUAAUUAUUAACCAAAAAGCAGUAUUAAUGUACAGGUCUCCUUAAACUCAUCUCAGAAUUGUUCUUGUGUCGUUAAGAGGGCAAGAGAGGUUUAAAAGCCUGCUAGUCACUGCUUGUCAUGUGAUAAUGAUGAAUAGGGCGAUAGUGUUGGUGCCAGACUUCUAUUCCCUCCACGAGUGGAGCAGACGCGCUGUUAAACGGGUGAUCAUAGGGUGGAUGGGUAACUAUGGGAACGAGCUAGUGAUUGAGUGUGUGUAUACAAUCUAGAUUGCAUGUCUAGAAUAUUUCUUUGUGACUUUGUGAGUUGAAUUGUCCAAGACCAUUUUGAAACUCAUUAAAUUUACUAGUCUAUACACAUGGCAAGCAAUAAGAAUCGGGUAACAGUAGCGGUGCAUUUGUUUAUACAUUUGGCAAUGUGGUUGUUAAUUUUUACACCUAUGUAUUGGUUUCCUGGUCGUACGAGUAUGUAAAAAUGUGCUUACAUUCACCAUUUGUAAAAAUAUGGAUGUUACUUUGUGGCAUGCAAUAUUGUUGGCAUUGGCAUGUUAAGACAGUUUAGGGAAUCCUUUUAGAUGUAUCAUAGUGAGGAAAAGGAAGCUGUUUACCUGUUCCUCAGUUUUGAUUUUACCUGAAAUAUAUAUUUUGUCGGUA